UACAACAACGUGUUCAACGUGUGUCUUGUUUCUUGGUGAAAUUUUCUCCGGUGUUUGUUUUGUUUGGUUUAAAAUACUUGGGAUUCUGCUGUUUAUAGUCCCACAGUUAAGGAUAACCACAUAUGGACACAUAACUAUUUAAGUAUGAGCACAUCUUUGAAACGUCAAUUAGCAGCGCUAGCUGCCCCCUCUUCAUCUUUACUAGCUCCUGAGCGAAGGAGGAGUUCGAUCAUUUUUAGUGCGCAAGAGGCGGCGAAAUAUGACCGAGAGACUUUUUAUCAAAUAGGUCAAGAUGGGCUCGCUGAAUUGGUCUCAAUCAAUCCGGGCCUCUUCGAACCGUUUCUGGAGUCGAUCCUAUUUUCGGAAAGUUCUAAAAAGUAUGAAAGGGUUAUGGAAGACAAUGAAACAAAUGAUCAACUGAAUGAAAUUAUCAGCGAGUUUCUAUUCGCUCUUCAUCCCUACGUUAUGAUGAAAGCAUCAUUAAAAUGUUUAGAGUGGUUGGUAUACAGAUUUCACAUUGAACGAUUUAAUGUCAGCGAAAUCCUCCAAUGUGUGCUUCCGUAUUAUGACACAAAAUCAUUUGUCAUGAUCAUACAGGUGUUGGAGAUUGAGAGAUACCAAAUGAACCAGGAAUGGGAAUGGCUAGUACCGUGCAAGAAUAGUGGGGCACCGUUACGGAAAGCUGUAUUAUUUGACAAUUGGAAUUCAAAAUUCCUCCUCUGGAUGUUUUCUUCGUUUCAAAGAAUUAUGCACGUACACAGGAUGCAACCUGAAAAUUUGAGGAUUUUUCUGGGGUUCAUGGCGUCGACAAUUGUUGGACUUCUGAACAAACUUAAACAUGAUUUGGUUGCAAAACCAAAUAAAGUUAAUAGUAGAAAAUUCAUUUUACUGAAUAUUCUUAACCAAAUUUUUGAACUUUUGAAAACUAUUCGAAGCAACGAGGAGUAUCAAAAUUUAAAAAAUAAUGAAGAAAUUUAUUCAAUGGCCUAUGUUGUAAUGUCCAUGUUGGCAGUGUGUUGCCGAGAAAUUCCUGGAAUGACUGAUGUGGUUGGGUCUGGAUUGAAACAAAUCUUUAAACUGAUAAUUGUGAAUCGAGGAACAGUCCAAAUAACCGAGACAUUUUUGCUCAUGAAUUUAAUGAUUGACUUUUUAAAUCGUAAAUGGGAAUUUAAGAAUCCAACUACAUUCAGCAAUGCUUUGAAGGAUAUUUCAAAAGUUUCUCAAAAUUGGGAUUUGUCUAAUUUGGCAACAAAACUAAUUUUGUAUAAUAUGGAGCAAGAAAAACUGUUGUCCCCACAAAAGGUUUUUACUUGGGUGGAGGAAAUAGAGUUGGGUUUGGAAGAAAGAAGUGAACUAUUAAGACAAGUGUACCAAGGUUAUGAAAAAGACAAAUCUAAAAAGCGACAAGCUAAAAUGUUUCUUGUUAGAUUUGAGAAGCAAUAUCCGCUGGAAUUUGAAAUAGCAAGCGAAAAGUAUCCAUGUUUGGCAACGGACUUGACGAAAUACAAAAAGAAAAAAGACUUUGUCGUUUUAUCUGAUCACUCGAGUCCCUUGGUGAGAUCGAAAGGAGUUAAACAGCUCAUUCGAAGUGCCGUGUACGGUACCGCAACAACCACUGACACGAAAACAAAAUCGAAAAUGACGACCCCCAAGCCUAUGGUCUUGGACAAAAAUCGAACAGCCGUCGCUUUGACCUCCAGAUUUGCUGAUGAUGAUGGCGAUGUCUUGUUAGCUAUAUGGAAAACAAAGUUGGACAAACUUUUAAAGAUUUUUUCCCCACAUUCUCUAGUAGCUGGAAUUGUAAUGACGCUAAACAGGAACGUCUCUAUAAAAUCUAACAAGUUUGCGUUACAAAAGUUAUGUGGAGUUGCUCGACUUACUGACAGUUCGACCACUCUACACAAGGAGAUCAUGAUAAUCCUGGUGCCUUUCUUAUUUCCCCGCAAUGGAAAGCAACUGAAAUUGGCACAAACAAUUUUGAAAACUCCUUUUGCAGAACAUCAUCCAUUUUUGCAGCAAUAUGCUCCCAUUAUUUCUCAAGAGAAUCUCACGUUCCAAGAACUUUGCAAGGAGUCAUAUCGUUUGAUUUCAAUAGUGGACGAUAAAUACAAGCCUAAUUUUAUCUCUAAGCUAGAAACUGCAACUGAAACAACUUUUGCGUGUAUUUUGCUACCAUCUGAGGAUCUACUUACGAAAUUACUCCAUAUUGCUUCGAAGAUGCCUUGUACCCGUUGCACGAGCUUCCCCACGACAAAUGAAAACUUUUAUAAAUGUGUCAAACUAGCAGAAACCAGACACCAGCUAAGCUUUGAACUUGUUUUGACUGCACUUUAUAAAGUACCGUGCAAUGAUUUUGAUAAAAUAUAUCAAGUCAUAAAAUUUGUAUGGAAGAAUUGCGAGCAAAUUGAAAAUCGUGAAGCUGGGAUGAAAUUUUUGCAAAAAUACUUGAAGCUAUGCUUCGGUUCGGAAUCUGAGCAUUACAAGUUUUGGAUUCAAGCGCUGAUACAAUCGGCUGAAAUUGAAACUGAAAACAACGAAUUUCUUCUUAUUCGUUCAAUUCAAUUUACAACGUCUUUUAUCAGUAACUUGAAACACAUGGAAGGACUGCAGAAACAAGAUAAAGGUCCUGAUAAACCCCAGCCUACCAGGAGGGGUAGAAAAAGUAUCUCCACGAAUAAAAAAUCCACGGAAUACAUCAGUUGUAGCGCCUGGAAUCUGGUUGAAGUACUUUUGACUACUUGCAUGUUGCAUAAGUCACCUCGUGUCCGAUGCUUCGCGUUGGAGAGCUUGAAGAUGGUUAAAAACAAAAUAAAUGAACAGGAUGUGAUUCGUAAUUUUGUAGAAGACCUUCUUCAAUAUGAGAACGAAAUAAAAAUAGAUCCAGAGCAACUGGUGAAUGCAAUGGCACACGUUCUUUCUGAUUCAGAAAGCCUAAUCAAGUCAGAAAUUAUUGCGUCCCUUAAGCGAGAUGAUUUAGCUGAUAUCAAGAAAAUCGGACUGAUUAAUUUGUGUGCAUCAAUCUCAGGACAGGUUUUCGAGGAGAUCUAUAGUGCAAAUGCAUUAUUAGAUUUUCACUCAUCCUCACAAUAUAUGUUAAAGUUGUUAUCUUGUUACGAUGGAUCCUUUAACGAACGUCUACUGAACGAUGUACUUACCUCCAAAGAUGCAGCCCGUGUUGUUCUAAAACAAAUUGACAAAACUGCUCAUGAUUCGUAUGGUGCCACUGCCAAAAAGAAAAUAUUUAAUAUUUUGGUUGAAAAAUCGCUGACUUGUAAAUAUCCCGAGAUUAAAGUUGCGGUAUUACGUUGUGUUCGGAAGUGGACGUUGGAUGCCUCUGUUGUUGCAACUGAGCUGACAAAGUGCCUAGAACUUGAGAAAAAAUAUGCAGUACCAGCUGUAUCAAAGGCGUCUAACAUAUCAAAACCGGCGAUAGAACCACAGAACGAUUGGGUUGUUCGAUCCGAGGUUGUUCUAGAGUUUAUCCAGGGCAGGCAACAGCUCAAGAACAAGACUAAACUCAUUCAACCCCUCUUCAAAAUUUUGAAAAAAUGUAUCACGUUAGAAGAACAGAUGCCAGUAGAAUAUUUGAAACAGCUCGUUUUGACAUCUCUUACACUUUGUUGUCAAGAAGAAGACACGCUUAAUGCUGAACAGAGUAAAGAUUUUGUUAGUUUUGACGUCCAAACAGUGAUUGACUGUCUAAGAUGUUCCAGAAAUCCCCAAACGCAUCAUCACGCUCUGAUUUUACUGAAUUAUGCAGCAAGCCGUUAUCAUGAGCAAGUUUUGCACGGAAUAAUGAGCCUGUUCACAUUUAUGGGAAAUUCAAUCCUUCGUCAAGAUGAUGCAUACAGCACUCAACUAAUCCAGCAAACCGUUAUGAAUAUAAUUCCUGCACUGGCAAAGACCAACCAGGGGGAUGCACAUUUACUGAAUGUUUCUGCUGGCAUUUACCGAGUUUUUACUUCUGCAGUUCAAGAUAUUCCUGUUCAUCGGAGACUCCCUGUAUUCACCUCCUUAGUGCAAACACUAAAUCCCGGAAAAACCAUGUGGCAACUGUGCAUAAUAUUAGUUGACAACGCUCUACAAAGAGAUAGGAAACGGAGUAACUUAAAUGCCGACUUGGAACUUGCUGUUGAUCUGGUAUGGAAGUUUGGCCCACUAAGUGUGUCUCAGACAGUUGAACAAAUCUACAAUUUUUUGACGUCCCUUCCGGUUUUCAUUAAAACCCCUGAAUUAGAGCAGUUCAAUCAGAUGAAAUUACGUCAAACGUCAAUGGAAAGAUCCGUAUUGGAUUUUGGACGAAAAGAAUCCUUUAGAGAUGUUCUCAUUACAAUCAAUUUUACACUCGAAUUAGUUGCUCAAAUUUGUUCUAAAUUCUCUGACACCGAGAAUGAAGAUGUGGAGUAUGACACGUUACUGGGAAAAUGCUUGUUCUUUUCUAAAAAAUCAUCCGGAUUAAAUGAAGAGAAAUUGUAUCGCUUAAUCGUACACAAGAAUUUGGAUGUGAUUGACAAAAUUAAUGCAGCCCUGGAUCCGUUGAAAUUUAUUGAAGCGGUGGCGUUGAUAUUGGUCAGGAAUGAUGCCACCGUAAAAAGAAAAGUUCUCGAAAUGCUUAAUCAACGUAUUUUACAAAAGGUUGAAUGGUUUGGAGAACUUCAUCAUCUUUUGGAAUUAGUUCCCCUUCUCAUAGAAAUUGCAAGCAUUGAGGCCGAAUCGGAUGAGGCAACAACCCUUGUACAAACAGCAUUUUUCUCCCUCAAGUUGCUUGCGAAGCAUUUAGCCAUUCAACAUUCUGAUGAAUUUGUUAAAGUUUUUGACCUUGCGAGCAAAAAUACCAACCACAGUAACAAACUGUUGAGGGCAUCAGCAAUCUUAUGCUUAAGUGAACUAUUUUGUCUGAAAAGCUUGAUCCUGCCCAACCUAAAUACUGUAACAACAGCAAUUUUGAAGGCGUUUAAGGCAUCGGCGAAACUUCAAAUUUCUGGGAAUGACAGCAUACAACAACAAGAAGCCACACAAGAUGGAAUGGUUGAUGACCCAUCCAAAGCAACAGACGACGAAAAUUCUUCAAUGACUGCUCACCUACUCUGCAUCAGCACAAUGACAUGCCUCAACAGAAUGAUUGAACAUUUAGGCUCAUUUGUGGGAAUGAAAUUUUUGCGUAAGGUUUUAAUCGCUGUCCUUUCAAUCAGCAACACAUUUGGUGAAGGAGAAAAAGCUUGUCACCGGAAGAAAGUAUUUGACUUAAAGUUGAAAGCACUGUUGAAAGUAAUAUCGUCCAAGAUUCCAGUACGAAACAUAUUGAUUCCCAUCAGGGAAGCAUUUGCUAAACUUCUCGAUGAGCCCGCUGCUGCGAUAAUAUUAAUGAAGAUGUUGAAAGAUGCCCUAUUGCAAACAUCUAAACCAGAUUUUAUACUGUUUGCCGACAGCCUCACAGAUGCGUUUAUCGGAGGUUUUAUGUCCAUUCGGGAAAGUAGUGUGUGUUCUGAUGUGGAAAAAGUUGAGGAUUCUGUAAUUGAUUGUUUGAUAUCUGGAAUGGUGCUGAAAAUGACCGAGAGUCAUUUUAGACCUCUCUAUCACCGAAUUUUUGACUGGGCUAAAGAGAAUGAAAGCCGACUGGUCACAUUUUAUAGGUUUAGUGCUGCAUCUGCGGAACGUUUGAAGAGCCUAUUCGUCACAUUCGCUGGAUACGUGAUCAGCGAAGCGGUCCACGUCAUGCACAAAAAUGUGGAUUUAGCCAAAGCAAUUGUCAGCUUUUUUUAUUUCAUAUUUUUAAACGACAAGGAAGGAUUUGUUACUACAGAUAGAUUCAACUCUCUAGUUCAGCCCUUGCUAGAUUUGGUCGAGUCCGAGUACGUAUUGAGCGGAAAAAUAACAAUGUCGCAAUUAAACGACUGCAUUGUUCAACUAGCUGUGGCUACAAACGAUCUCAACCGAUGGCAGCAUCUUAUUGAACUUAUCUCUGUAAAAGCAGGCCAUUCAAAUAAGGUCGUGCGACUUAACAUUUUGACAACGCUAGAGGCGGCAGCGACCGAGUUAGCGAAGGACUUUCUUCCACUAUUACCACCAGCAGUGCCUUUCUUAGCAGAACUUAUGAAUGACGAUGACCCAGAGGUGGAGUCUGAAACCCAGAAAUUGCUUCUCAAAAUGGAAGAAAUUGUCGGUGAACCCCUUCAGCCGUACUUUACAAUGUAGAAUUUGUUUGACGAUAACUGUGAUUUCGCGUAACAUGCGAUUGAAUAGUAUAUGUUAAUAUUCGUUUGUUAAAAUUUUAAUUUUUGUUUUUUGUUCAGACAAAUAUUUAUACGCCUUUUUGAUUCAAGAAUUAAUAAAUUUUUAGUUCGGGUUACUGUA